AUGUUUUGGAUCCUCGUUGCUUGGUGCUUAUUACUUUCCCCUUUACAUGUUUUCAUAUCGGUGCCUUCUUUACUAGCCGGCUUCUCACGAACCUUUGAUAAUGCCCCGCAUCGGGGGUCCGAUGUGGUCUACGACCCUGGAAAUACCACGAGUGUGGAUGUGUAUGCUAUCCACGGCCUUGGCUCGGAUCCAGCGUCGACAUGGAAUAAUUCAAAAAAUGGGACCAAUGUCUGUUGGCUGAAGGACCUAUUGCCCAAGGUCCCUGGUCUUACAAAUAUCAAGGUCACGAUGGUUAACCAUCAAAGCCAUUGGAGUGAGGAUGCUGCCAAUAUGCAAUUUGAAGAUCAUGCACGGACACUAUUGGAUGAGAUUGAGCGAAUUGUGCCUGGAAGUUCUAGUGAUCCGCACCAUGGCGAGGUAGCAUAUCUCGAUGCUGACCAUCGCGGACUGAACAAAUUUGCAUCCGCUGAUGACCCCAACUUCACAAAAUUCAAGGCGAGAUUUACCAAGGCAUUCUUAAAGGCAUUGAAAAAUGCCAAGGUUACUUCGAUUCCUUUUAGUCGGGACGCAAGGUUCACCGGCCGCCAAGAUAUCUUACUUGAACUUGACCAAAAACUAAGGAGAAGCCAGUUUGCCUCUCUUGCGGGGAUCGGUGGCGCUGGGAAAACUCAUAUUGCCGUAGAAUACGCCUACCGAUUUCAGGAGCGGCACCCGUGUGCUGAUAUCUUCUGGGUUCAAGCAGGCACAAAAGACAUGAUUGAGAAAGGGUACAAAGACAUUGCAAUGUCUUUAGAUUUGCCAGCUGAUAACCCUGAAGGGCUAAGUAUCUUCUCGCGCGUGAGCUCUGCGCUUAAUGAUAGCAGAGAAGGGCAUUGGCUUCUAGUUUUCGAUGGUCUGAAUGAUCCAAACUUGCUCUAUGACCCCAAUGAUGUUUCACCGGGUAGAACACCGGAAAUCGAUCAGUUAAUUGCCAAUAUGCCGCACAGUGCCAAAGGCUACACUCUGCUUACCACACGAGAUAGGAGAGUGGGUCACAGGCUCACGGGGAUUGAUGAUACAAUCUCUGUUUCACCAAUGGGGCUGGAGGAUGCAAGGGAACUUAUGACAACUCUAUUGCACGAAAAGCCUGGCUUGGAUGACAAUCGCACAAUGGAACAAAUUAUACAAGCCCUGCAAGGCUUGCCAUUUUAUCUUUCCCAGGCGGCCGGCUAUAUUGCAACAAAAGAAGUUUCCCUUGAACACUAUUUACACCUACUUAGCAAUCCCACGGAGACAACGGAGUUGAUCGACCAAAGCCACAAUAAUACCGACCUCCUCCCGAGGCCUGAAAACGCGGUAAUCAUGCCGUGGAAGAUUACAUACGAUCUCAUCAGACGAGAAAGUCCCAGAGCAGCGGAUAUAUUAUGUCUCAUGGCCACUUUAGAUGCUCAGUCUAUACCUAUUCAGCUGCUUCAGAGAUGCGAUGAAAGCCUUGUUGCGUUUGAUAAAGAGACAGGUCUCUUGAAGUCAUUCUUCUUGAUUACAUCAAACGCAAAAGGAGACAAUCUAGGUAUGCUUCGUUUACAACAGCUGUCCAUUCAACAUUGGCUGGAGCUACAGAAUUCUCUCGAUGAAUGGAAGGAAAAUGCAAUGGAUGAAAUUCUUCGUUUGUGCGCCCAUUUGACGGGCCGAAAGCAAUACGAAUGCUUGGAAACAGUGUACCCACAUAUUCAACUUCUGUUGGCAUAUGACUUCCGCACUCGCAAUAGCAGGAUUAAGGUUGGAUAUCUUCUCAUCCUGAAAUCGGAAUAUGACACGUCAAGAGGUCGAUUCGCUCUUGCGAACGAGCAACUCUUGAGAUCCGUUGGCAUAUGGAAAACGAGCUGCAGUGACCACAGUUACUAUGCCAUACGAGGCUUACAGCUUCAAGCAAGGGCUCUAGCGCACCAGAACCGACUGGAUGAGGCAGAAUAUGCAAUUAGAGCAGCAUUUUGCGCGUUUGGUCAGGUAUACGGGCCAGAUGAUAGCAACACCCUAAGCGCCCUGAUGGACCUGGGAGGUGUACUCAUACAUAAGCAGUUGGAUGAAGCGGAACAUAUAUAUUCCACAAUAUUCUACUUAACGUCGGGAAGAAUGAUUGAAAACCAGGCCUAUGAUCUAGAGGCCAAGCAUAAUCUCGGCAUGAUUGCGGAAACUCGAGGAAACCAUUCCGAGGCGGAGCGUAUUCUGCGAGAAACCCUCCACUCAAAGCAGCAAAGAUACGGCCAUACGAGCGAAUUUACUCUUCGAACCAUGAAUUUGCUCGCUAUUGUUCUACAGACUCAGGGCAAAAAUCCGGAAGCAGAAUCCUUGUUCCGACAAACGCUCCGCCUAAGAGAGGGAGUCCUUGGGAUCACAGACAAAGACACAAUGUACACCCUGAAUCUACUGGUAAGGCUUCUCUGGAUAUCAAAGAAGUUUGAUGAACUGGUAGAUUUUGCAUUUCAACAUGCCGAGCGACAAAAAAUGGUCCACGGAAUCAGGAACAAUGGCACAUUGGACGCUUUUAAUGAUUUUGAGGGAGCGUUAUUCCAUCAAGGAAGAUACAACGAUGCUAUCACUUCGAUUGAAAAGACCAUUCCAGUACGAGAAGACUUUCUAGGGCCAGAUGAUCCUGGUACACUGAUGAGCAAAGUCAACUAUGCCGUCUCACUGUGUGGGCAAGGGAGAAAGCGUGAGGGACUCAAUAUGUUCCAGGAUGUUUUAGAAACACGCAAAAGGCUUUAUGGAUCGGAGGACCCCAGAACCCUCAAGACUCAAGAAAAUGUUCAGAUCGCCGCCAAUGGUAUUUAUGCCGACCCAACCGUCAUUAUAGAAUUCUGUCCGUCAGAUUGA